CGGAUGACGCGUGCGUGGCUGGCCCUGUCCUCCUUUGUAGCGCUACGGUCCCUCCCGCUGGCCAGCAGCGGUGGCAGCCGCUGCAUCGACCGGGACGACCUGCCUGUCAGGUACUUGAGAGGAAGUGACUCACACACACGUGCACGCAGAGAGGGUGUGCCCUGUGUGUGCGUGUGUUUGUGCGUGUGCGUUGAUCAGUGACAUCUCGCAGCUGUUCAAGAGGUCCAAAAAAGAGCUGGACGCCAUCUUCACCAGAGGCAAGUGCCAGCCAACCAGCCACACACACACAAACACACACACACAGAGAGAGAGAGAGAGAGAGAGACAGUGACACGUCUGUCUGUCUGUCUGUCUGUCUGCUGCGGGCCGUUCGUCGAUCAGGGUGCAUAGAGCAAGGCCAGUUCCCCAUGGGCGUGACGAAGGGGGAGCUGGUGUGGGCCACCGGCGUCCUGCCGCCGGUGGCGCAGCUUUUGUACGGAGAGGCGUUCGAGCUCGUCUGGGAGGGCUCCUUCCUGCAGAAGACCGUCUGCGAUGGGAGGGACUUCUUUUUCUAUUUCUCGCUGCUCAACCCACUUGUCGAUGGAGCAAAGGUCGGUCGGGUCGCUCGCCUCUGAGCCACGCACAGAGGGACAGAGAGAGAGAGAGAUAGAGAGAGAGAGCGAGGGACCCACCAUCUGUCCAUCUCCAUCUGUGUGUGUGUGUGUUGUGUUGGGCUGCAGCUGGGUGUGGGGCAGGUAGUGGCUAUGCCCGCCAAGGCUGGAGUAGGGCGGCUGGCUGACCCCAAGGUGCGGCUGGACGACCAGCUCUCGUAUGUCUAUGACUUCGGCAUCUCCAAGACAGAGGACUGCCUUGACCAAGUCUCGCCCUUCGGCCGACAGGUCACGUGCACCCGCACCAGAAACCACACACACACACACACACACAAGAGAGAGAGACAGAGACUGACUCUUACACACUGGGUGCUUUGCUUGGUGCAGAGGUAUCCGUUCGAUAACGUCUUCCCCAUAAAUCUGGUACGCGAGGAGGGCAGGAUAGUGGGGGUGGACGACACGGGCAGGACGAUCGAGCUGCAGCGCGACUUCUUCGAGGUCCUCGACGGCAUGCUCGUGCCGUUCCAGUACGAGGCGAUGCUCGCCGGCCCUGGCGCCAUUACACGGUGACGACAAGACACAUAGGCUCUCUCUCUCGGUGCGUGUGUGUGUUUGGAGCGGGCGUGAUUGAUGUGUCGCGAGAGGGCCCUCUAGG